AUGACUAAAGCAGUACCAGACAAGUUUCAAGGAUUCGCAGUUUCCGACCCAAAGAAUUGGAACAGACCAAAAUUGGCAUCAUAUGAGAGAAAACAAAUCAAUCCACACGAUGUUGUUUUAAAGAAUGAAGUCUGCGGCUUAUGUUAUUCAGAUAUUCACACAUUGUCAGCUGGAUGGCAACCAUUGCAAAGAGACAACUUGGUUGUUGGUCAUGAAAUCAUUGGUGAAGUCAUUGCGGUUGGUGAUGAAGUAACCGAAUUCAAGGUUGGAGACCGUGUUGGAAUUGGUGCGGCUUCUUCCUCAUGUCGUAGCUGUCAAAGAUGCGAUUCUGACAAUGAGCAAUACUGCAAACAAGGUGCAGCCACAUACAACUCCAAGGAUGUCAGAUCAAACAAUUAUGUCACCCAAGGUGGAUACUCCUCGCACUCUAUUGCUGAUGAAAAGUUUGUAUUUGCAAUUCCAGAAGACUUGCCAUCAUCUUAUGGUGCUCCACUCAUGUGCGCUGGUAUUACCGUGUUUUCUCCAUUGAUUAGAAACUUGGGAUUAGAUGCAAGGGGCAAGAAUGUUGGUAUUAUUGGUAUUGGAGGAUUGGGUCACUUGGCUUUGCAAUUUGCUAAUGCUAUGGGUGCCAAUGUCACUGCAUUCUCUAGAUCCUCUUCCAAAAAGGAACAAGCUAUGAAAUUGGGUGCUCACGAUUUCGUUGCAACUGGUGAAGACAAGACUUGGUACAAGAACUAUGAUGACCAUUUUGACUUUAUUUUGAACUGUGCUAGUGGAAUUGAUGGUUUGAACUUGUCUGAGUACUUGUCCACUUUGAAGGUUGACAAAAAGUUUGUCUCUGUUGGUUUACCACCAAGUGAAGACAAGUUCGAGGUUAGUCCCUUCACCUUUUUGCAACAGGGUGCUAGUUUUGGAUCCUCUUUGUUGGGUUCCAAGACAGAAGUCAAGGAAAUGUUGAAUUUGGCUGCCAAACACAACGUCAGACCAAUGAUCGAAGAAGUGCCAAUCAGUGAAGAAAACUGUGCAAAGGCAUUGGACAGAUGUCACGCUGGUGAUGUGAGAUAUAGAUUUGUUUUCACUGAUUUCGACAAAGCAUUCAAAGCUUAG